UCAGCCUUCCGUGGGAUAGUUUAUGAUGUGCGAACACAACCUAGGCUACACCUCUGCAAAAAUUGUUCUUUGCGUGUCGUGAAUUCAAAGAGGACCAUUAGCGCAAUUACUUGAUUUCCCCGAUUUUAGAGGAAAUGCAUCUGGACACAUUUUAAUGUCAAGCUUGCUGAACAGGAUUAAUUGAUCACACAGCAGUGGUGGUUUCAAUGACGUGUGCCCGAACAAUGAAAGAACCAGCCAUGGACGGAACCCAGGCUGUGCACACGGAUGGCAGCUCUUUACUGAAAGCUGUCUACCUGGGCCGACUACGUCUGACACGUCUCUUACUGGAGGGCGGAGCCUACAUAAACGAGAGCAAUGACCUGGGCGAGACACCGCUGAUGGUGGCCUGCAAGAGCAAACACGUGGACCAGCAGAGUGUGUCCAAGGCCAAGAUGGUGCGGUACCUUCUAGAAAGCGACGCUGAUCCAAACAUUCAGGACAAGAGCGGGAAGACGGCAUUAAUGCACGCCUGUCUAGAGCGGGUUGGCUCAGAGGUGGUGUCUCAGCUCCUGGAGAGUGGUGCUGAUCCAAGUCUGGAGGACCAUUCCGGAUCCUCUGCGCUGGUCCGUGCUGUGAAUGCCAAGGACAAAGAAACGCUGAAGAUGCUGAUGGACGCUUGUAAGGCCAAGGGCAAAGAGGUCAUCAUCAUUACCACGGACAAGAUGGCCAAUGGAGAGCAAAUGACCAAACAGUACCUGAAUGUUCCUCCAGUCGGCACCCUGGAAAGGUGGGACCAGCCGAAUUCACCAGCACUCUCCUGUACCUCUCCAUCUGAGAUCGAGCUUCACACCCCUGGCAGCAGUGCGAACCCCCAAAAUGCUGCCCCAAAACAGGUGUUCUCAUUUCAAGACUGCAAGGGUGUGACCAAUUCGCAGCCCAGCUCACCCUGCCGUCAAUGGGGCGUCGCGCAUGAACUCCUGGAGAAAUCUGCCCAUUUGCAGCGCCUUAACUCGGAACCUUGGCUGCAGAUACCGCCUUCCUUUCUGGCCCAGCAGCAAAGUGGAGCCACCUUCCCCAUAGAGGAUCUCCCAGACAUCUCCCCUGAGGAGGAGUUCUUGUUCAGAACCAAGCCGUUAGCGUUUUCUAGUGGCUCCCUCACACGACAUUGGAGCAUUGACCUAAGAGAGGCUGGUGGCUUAAGCCAGACUGGGAGGCCGACUGGUCAGGCUGAAAGUGUCACCAAUAGAGGCUUGAGGCAGGUGUUUGGUUUGAUGCCCGGCCGCAAGAUGUCCUUCGAUGGCUUGUCUUCACCUCAUUCACUCUCACACCCAAACCUCCAUGCCAAGACCACAGUUGAACCCACACCUGCUGACAGAGACCCAGAUAAGUCCCUCCCAAACCUGGCCGUUUCUAACCUGCGUAACAUCAUCUGUCGACGAAAUCUGGGCAUGGACCACUACGGCUCGGACUCUCAGCUAUCAUUCCAGAAAACACACACCUUAGAUGAUGUGAGGGGAGCUGUGGACAGGAAGAGGCUGGUAACAUCUCGCUCCUCCACUUUCAUUGGCUCACGGGAGUCUCUAGAGGGCACCACACUGACACCUGUGCCCAAGAGACACCCAGCUGGUCUGGAGCGAAGGUCUUCUGGUCUCCUGCUAUCUGAUCUGCCCUCCCAUCCUCGCCAGGGGUACCUGCCACCACUUAACCCACACACCCUCACCCCUUGCAUGGUUGGGGUGAACGCCUCAGGCAUGCCCGCUAAUAACAAGCUGGGGUGUGGCACGCUCUCUGGGGUAAAGCCUUGCUACCCCCAGGCUCCUGCUAGCUUUCAGAAGGAGCCCAGGAGCAGGAGGAUGCUUCUACGGAGGCAUUCAAUGCAGACAGAGCAAAUCAAACAACUUGGAGACUUCAAAGAGCUCUACGGCCAUUGAAUGAUGAUCUAAGGAGAGGGCCAAUGGUCUGUAAGCACUAAAACACAUUUUUCACUUACUCAAGUCAUCUUCAAUAGUUUGAGAGGCAUACAGUAUUACUCGUUAUAUGCUGUUUUACACUUCUAUAAGAUCACUGUGGAAACUGAAUGUGAAUAUCAAUCUCAAAGGGCACAUGGAUGUAUUGACAAUCAACACAAUAUAAAAGACUUGUAAAAAUGACACCACACAGCUUAAGGAGAAACAUAUAAAACAUGGAACAAAAUGGGGUAGCAUUUCAUCAGCAGACUAUGGUAUAGACCAAGUCCUUUUUUGUGUCAUGUCAGGAUCAGAUCUGUUCGUUGGUCAGCCACUACAUAGCAUGGAUGAAAAGACAUCCAAUCCCAUUCGAAACCUUGUGAUGUGUGAAGUUAAGAUUAUCUUGCCGUUAUCCGUCUUGUGAUGCUGUGAGUCGCAGAAACAUCAAGUUCAUGUUUUGUGUGUGAAAUACACUGCUACAUUUUGUGGUUAAAAAAAAGUCUACAUAGUGUACCUCCAUCAGAGGGUUACCGUGUAGAUUUGCCAUACUUUAGAUCCACUCACAAUAGAACUUCAGAGCUGCAGGGCAAAGUUAUACAUGUUAUCUGACAGACAGACUGAUGAAAUGUACACAUUAUUGAGCUCUCGAGGGAGAUGUAUGCACGUAACCUGUUCGGUAUUACUGGUUUAUUGAAGAAUGCAACAAAGAUUCUAUAUGACCUCAUAGCUCACAUUACAAUCUAGGCCAAUAGGGUGAAGGCACCCUUUCUGCUCAGUUCAUUCUGCAUAUUUAUGUAUGUAUUUGAAAAUAAAUUAUAUUUAUCACUGAA